UUUUUUAAAUAGAAGACUGUGAGUGGUUAAGAUAACGAAAAAGGCAAUUUAAAACAAAAAAAAGUUCCGUGCUUUGUUCGAUGGAAAAAAGAAGGAAUAUUUUUAUGAGAAAAUGAAUAUUAAAAGUAUUUCUAAAAAAAUACCAACCCCAGUAGUGGUCGGUUCAACUUUAAUGGGAGGAUUUGGACUCGCUUGUUUAAUAAAGGAAUAUAUUGGAGGCCUAAGAUAUCAAGGACUGGACACUUCUCGUGCAGAGGGCAAAGUUAUUAUAGUAACAGGUGCUAACACUGGAAUAGGAAAAGAAACGGCAUGGGAACUCGCAAGAAGACGAGCAAAAGUUUAUAUGGCAUGUAGAGAUAUGCAAAAAUGUGAAGCUGCUAGAGAAGAAAUCGUGUUGGAUACAAAAAACAAGUAUGUUUACUGUAGACAGUGCGAUCUAGCAUCGUUGGAAUCGAUUAGAGAAUUUGUAAAAAACUUUAAAUUCCAAGAAAAACGAUUAGACGUUUUAAUUAACAAUGCUGGAGUAAUGAGAACUCCCAAUACGAAGACAAAAGAUGGAUUUGAACUUCAGUUAGGCGUCAAUCAUAUGGGACACUUUUUAUUAACAAAUUUAUUACUGGAUGUAUUAAAAGACUCCACACCUAGUCGAAUAAUAAAUGUUUCUAGUGUGGCUCACAAAAGGGGAGUGAUAAACAAAGAAGACCUAAAUAGUGACAAAUCUUAUGAUCCAUCUUCAGCAUAUGCUCAAAGUAAACUAGCGAAUAUUUUAUUUACAAAUGAAUUAGCAAAAAAAUUAGAAGGUACAGGUGUAACCGCCAACAGCAUGCAUCCCGGCAUAGUAGACACUGAAAUAAUUCGGCAUAUGGGUUUCUUCAACAGUUGGAUAUCGAAAAUAUUUCUCAAACCUUUCGUGUGGCCUUUUAUAAAAAACGCCAAGCAAGGAGCCCAGACUAUUAUAUAUCUAGCCUUAGAUGACAGAGUAGAAAAGACGACAGGAAAGUAUUUUAGCAAUUAUGAAGAAGUUGAAGUAAGUUCUCAAGCCAAAGAUGAGAAUACUUCUAAAUGGUUGUGGAUGACUAGCGAAAAAUGGACUAGGUUGUAAGAAAUGAUGAAUUUUGUGGAUUUUUAUUAAAAUAUACUUAAUAUGUUCUUAA